UCACCAAAUCCUGCUAAAUGCAACUUACCGGGUCCAUUUAGUGAUAUGUUUGAUAUUAACGCUCCAUAAAAAUGACAAUAUAAUGUGAAAGUGUUGUUGGUACUGCUGAACCCAGUGAGAGUGUACUCUCAUCAGUCUGUCCGUUAAAUCCUUUGUGUUUUCAUUGUUUGCUUACUGUCUUCGGUGCAGAUUGUGGCGACUGCGGUGUGCCAUUCUGACCUGUACCACCUGUUGGAGAGUAUGCAUGAAAAUGGCUUCCCAGUAGUCCUCGGCCACGAGGCAGCCGGCAUUGUAGAGAGCGUCGGACCUGGAGUCACUGAAUAUCAGCCAGGAGACCACGUCAUUCCUGUGUUCAUCUCCCAGUGCAGAGAAUGUCGCUUCUGUAAGAGUCCAAAGACCAACGAGUGCGAGAGAGGAUGGUGCGUUGGUCGUCUGCAGGAAAUGUCACCAUUAGACUCCAGGUUCACCUGUAAGGGAAAGAAGGUGCUGCAGUUUACAGGAACCAGUACCUUCUCCGAGUACACUGUGGUCAACGAGAUGGCUGUGGCUAAGAUCGACCCUGCUGCCCCUCUGGACAAAGUCUGUCUCCUUGGCUGUGGGAUCUGCACAGGAUACGGAGCAGCAGUUAAUACUGCUAAGGUGGAACCGGGCUCCACAUGUGCUGUGUUCGGCCUGGGAGCUGUGGGUUUGGCUGCAGUCAUGGGCUGCAAGGCUGCAGGAGCCAAGAGGAUUAUCGCAGUUGACAUCAAUCCAGAGAAGUCUGAGAAGGCCACGGUGUUCGGAGCGACCGACUUCGUGAACCCCAAGGAUCACAGUAAACCCAUCAGCCAGGUGCUGUCCGAGAUGACCAACGGAGGAGUGGACUUCUCCCUGGAAUGUGUCGGGAAUGUGGAAGUCAUGCGCAGUGCCUUGGAGUCCUGUGUGCAAGGUUGGGGCGUCAGCGUGAUAGUUGGCUGGACAGACAAAGAAGAUUUUUCUGCCCGACCCACUCAGCUCAUCGCUGGACGCACAUGGAAGGGCUCCGCGUUUGGAGGCUUUAAGGGUAGGGAUGCCGUGCCACAGAUGGUCAAAGCCUACCUGGACAAGAAGUUGAUGGUGGAUGAGCUCAUCACUCACAACAUGACUUUGGACCAGGUCAAUGAAGCCUUUGAGCUGAUGAAGCAUGGCAAAUGGUAGAUGUACACUCCCAUUCUUUCUCCUCCAUUCAUGACUCAACAAUAACACAGAUCAAUAAAAGGUGCAGGUCUC